AUGGAUAUGGAAGAUGGCAUUCCUCGUCGGCAGCCUCUAUCACGUGCACAAUCUGCUCAACAAAUGCAUAAAUUAGGAAAACGAGUCUCAGGAAAAGCAAAUCAAGUACCACCGACUUAUCUUUCCAGCCGAUCGUGUGAUGAUCUAAAUAUCAAUCAGAAGAGUAAACCUUUAGUUGAUUUAACAGUUCCAGCAUGUAAUUCCACGAUGAAGAUACUUGACCAGAUGGAAAACUUGAAAUUUGAACAGUUUGAACCUGUUUUAACAACAACACAUAUGGAACAUAUUCAUGAACAAGCGAACAAAAAGCUAAAUUAUUCGAAUGAACGCGUUUAUAAAGGCUUAAUAGAUCUCGAACCGAAUGCGGAAGAAAUCAUCGCAGCAGCUGAACAACAAGAAAUCCAAAAACGAAAACAAGCAGCGAAAUUUCUCAACGUAGAAUAUGACCUCGGAUGUGAAGAAUAUCAGGCGUUACAAAAGAAGCGCGUUAAACCUGAUAUCAUGGAAUUAUUUGAUGAAUCGAGUAUGAUCAAACAGAGUACGCGUAUUAAUUUAAAAUCAAUGAAACCUACGAAAAUGAAAGCCAAGCAAGCGACGAUUUUUUCAAUUAAUAGUUUAAAUCAAGCACAAACAUUAUGGAAAAUUUAA